AACCACCCGGCAAAGAAUCCACGAGACCAUAACACAUUGCAAAAGGGAGAGAGUCUUUCAAUCGAAGUCUAGAAUUCCCAAGGAUUAGACUAGAAUUCGUAAAGAAUCUGGGAAUGGCGCUUCUUCCCAUUGCUAAAUAGCUUCACGAUCAGGGCAUUCUCUCCAGUUUCUUCGGCCAACCCCAUAUUUAUAAUAGGCUUUGCAGGUUCAGGGAGCCCCUACACAGCUCUGUGUCUUCAACUUUGCUGUUGCAGUAUUCAAGAGUCAAAGAGAAAUUGUAGCAAUGGCUGUUCCAGUAGUAAACCGGAAACUGCUCGAGGAACUUGAAGCUAUGGGAUUCAAUCCGGAGCAAGCAACUAGGGCACUUCAUUUUUCAGGUAAUUCCAGCACUGAGGCUGCUAUAGAUUGGAUUGUCGACCAUCAAAAUGACCCAGAUCUCGAUCAGAUGCCAAGGGUAUCAAUCGACCUUGACAUUGAAGCUCUCGAACCAAGUUUUGUGACUGAAGAAAUGACAAGGAGAGCACAAGAAUUACGGGAUCGAGCAGAGGAGAAGAAGAAGGAAAAGAAGAACUCUCAACGAGAAAUGGAAAAGGAAAGGAUUCGAGCAGGUAAGGAACUUCUUGAAGCAAAAGGAAUAGCGGAAGAAAAUGAAAGAAAGCGUUAUUUGGCGGCGAAAAAAGCAGAAAAAGACGAAGAGCGAAGAGCUAGGGAGAGAAUUCUUCAGAAACUGCAGUAUGAUAAGUUAGAAAGAAGGCGGAAGCUGGGAUUGCUGUCAGAAACCCCCGCUGCUUUAAAACCUUCGCUGCCUCUAGUAGACAAUAGAAGGACUUCAGGUGUUUAUUCUGUUACCAAGGCUGAUCAGAUCAGAGAGUGUUUGAGGUCUUUGAAGCGCAAUCAUAAGGAUGAAGAUGCCAGAGUUAAAAGGGCCUUUCAAACGCUCCUGAUAUAUGUGGGCAACGUUGUGAAGAACCCUGAUAAUGAAAAGUUCAGGAGGAUCCGCCUAAGUAAUCCCGCGUUCCUGAGUAGAGUAGGGCGUCUUAAGGGAGGCGUCGAGUUUCUCGAGCUUUGUGGAUUCGAGAAAAUCGAUGGUGGCGAGUUCUUGUUUCUUCCACGUGACAAGGUCGACUUGGCAGUGCUUAAUCUAGCCGGGACUCAGUUGAAGUCAGCAUUAACCAAUCCCUUCUUUGGACUUCUUGAGAAGUGAUGAACUUAUUGGGAUUAAAUUUGUUGGCUGGAGAAGCUAUCUUGUAUAUGUGAAGAUUCUAUUAACAGAUUGAAAAGGCUAGGCCUUUGUCCAA